AUGUCAGCAGAUCAGGAGUCUCAGACAGCUCUGCUGGUCACGGAAAAAGUUGCUGAUUUGAACAUCGCUGAGGCCUCUCCUGCCCUGAAGCAGAAGAAGAAGAAGAACAAGAAAAAGAAGAAGAAGCUCACGAACAUUGCUUCUUCUUACCCCGAUGGCGUUUAUCCUGAAGGUGAGUGGAUGGAGUACCCAUUGGAGGUCAACAGCUACAGAACCACCGAUGAGGAGAAGAGAUACUUGGACAGACAACAGAACAAUAACUGGCAAGACUUCAGAAAAGGUGCCGAGAUCCACAGAAGAGUUAGAGCCAAGGCCCAGCAGAACAUCAAGCCUGGUAUGUCUAUGCUUGAAAUUGCCGACUUAAUUGAGAACUCAGUUAGACAAUACGUCGGCAAUGACCACCCCAAGAGCCAGGGUAUUGGUUUCCCAACCGGUUUGUCUCUCAACCAUGUCGCUGCGCAUUACACCCCAAAUCUGAACGACAAGGUCGUAUUGAAAUACGAGGAUGUCAUGAAGGUGGAUAUUGGUGUCCACGUGAACGGCCACAUCGUUGACUCUGCAUUUACAUUGACCUUCGACGAGAAGUAUGAUCCACUUUUGGAGGCUGUUAAGGCUGCCACGAACACUGGUGUCAAGGAAGCUGGUAUUGAUGUCAGAUUGAACGACAUUGGUGCUGCUGUCGAGGAGGUGAUGGAGAGUUAUGAAUUGGAGCUUAAUGGAAAAACAUACCCUAUUAAGUGCAUCAGAAACUUGAACGGCCACAACAUCGGUCAGUACACUAUCCACUCCGGUAAGACUGUGCCAAUUGUUGCUAACGGUGAUAUGACAAAGAUGGAAGAGGGCGAGACCUUCGCCAUUGAGACUUUCGGUUCCACCGGUAAGGGUUACGUCAUUGGCCAAGGUGAGUGCUCUCACUAUGCAUUGAACCAGGGAAUCGAUGCCAAAGCCCCCACGGAAAAAGCCAGGCAGCUUGUGGACACGAUUAAGGAUACCUUUGGAACUCUUCCUUGGUGUCGUAGAUACUUGGAGAGAACUGGUGAGGAUAAGUACCUUUUGGCACUUAACCAAUUGGUUCGUGCCGGCAUUGUUGAGGACUACCCUCCUUUGGUAGACACACUGGGUUGCUACACCGCACAGUUUGAGCACACGAUCUUGCUCCAUCCACACAAGAAAGAGGUGGUUUCGAGAGGCGACGAUUACUAG